AUGGACAUUGCCCAGAGCUCGGAGAGUGGAGCCGGCGAGUGUGCGCGCUGCCGCCGCCUGCUGCCCGAGGCCUCCAGCGACCAGACGCGGCGUGGGGGUGCGGACUCCGGAUCCGCAGGCUUCUGGAGACCGUGGGUUGACCCCCGAGGUGAGAAAGAGGAGGAGGCGCCGCAGCAAGCCACCGAGGCGGUGCCGGAUAGCCCUGGAAUGACGGGAGCCUCAGGAAAGCUUUCCCAAUACAGACACCCAGUCAGACUAUUUUGGCCAAAAUCAAAGUGUUAUGAUUAUUUAUAUCAAGAAGCAGAAGCUCUUCUGAAAAAUUUUCCAAUUCAAGCCACAAUUUCAUUUUAUGAAGAUUCUGAUAGUGAAGAUGAAAUUGGGGAGCUGACCUGGGAUUCAGAAAAUUAA